AUGAUGUUGGCCCUUCAAUCCCAUGGUUUCCUGAUAAACAAGGAGAAGAGCUGCCUUGAGCCAUCACAGCAGCUUAUCCAUCUGGAAGCCAAGCUGGACACAGUCAAAGGUUUGGUGGCUCUGUCUCCAGAGUGCACCAACAAGAUCAGAGCAGCAGCAUCUCUGCUGAAAUCUACCAAGGAAAUUGAUAUCAAGCAUCUGUCGAUAAUCCUGAGCCUCUGUAUAUCAGCUUCUCAGAUCACGCCCAUCGCCUACAAUGGUUUCUGCUUCCUCAUCAAUGUGCUCAAGUUACCUCCACUGGUCAGGCUGCCAAUGAGAUGGUGGGCGGCAGAAUCCAAUAUACAGAACGGAAUUCCCAUUCAUGAUCCGGAGAAUUGUGAUCAUCACAGAUGCCAGUUUUCAGGGUUGGGGAGCUCAUUAUCAAGGUCACUUUGCACAGAAGUGCUGGUCACCACAAAAUCAGAAGCACUCGAUAAAUUGGUUGGAGCUAAGAGCUACCAGGUUGGUGAUGUUUCAUUUUGCACAUCAACCAUGUGCUGCUGCACACAGACAAUUCCACCACAAAAUCACACAUUUGCAGGCAGGGUGGGACAAGAUCGAUUUCUCUGCAAAAAGAAUCAUUGCUCCUCUUCAACUGGGGGAGGGGGAGAGGAACACCCUUAG